GAUGUUGGACCUUAUGUUGCAAAAAGAGUUUAUAGCUUCUUCCCCAUCUUUCAUUCACCCACCACACAACAUAGCCUCUUUCUCUUCAUUCCUUCCAACCAUCCUCUGCUUCAAUGGCUAGCUUGAGCUUCAUCAUUGGCAUUAUUGGCAAUAUAAUUUCAAUACUGGUUUUUGCUUCUCCCAUAAAAACAUUUUGGUGGGUGGUAAAGAAGAAAUCAACUGAGAAUUACAAAGGGGUUCCUUACAUAACAACCUUUUUGAGCACUAGCUUGUGGACUUUCUAUGGAAUUAUGAAUCCAGAUGGUUUACUUGUUGUGACAGUGAAUGGUGCUGGUGCCAUCUUUCAGCUCAUCUAUGUUAUACUCUUCCUCGUAUAUGCCCCUAAAGAUAAGAAGGUUAAAUCAGCAAAGUUGGUAGCUAUAUUGGAUGUUGGUUUUCUUGGAGCAGUCAUUGCGGUGACUCUUUUGGCAUUUCAUGGGACAAUGAGGCUAACCUUUGUGGGAAUCAUAUGUGCUGGUUUAACCAUUGGCAUGUAUGCAUCGCCUCUAUCUGUCAUGAGGACAGUGAUAAAGACGAAGAGUGUGGAGUACAUGCCAUUUUUACUUUCAUUUUUCUUGUUCCUCAAUGCUGGUGUUUGGUCUGCUUAUGCAUUGCUUGUGAAAGAUAUCUACAUUGGAGUGCCAAAUGCUAUUGGUUUUAUCUUGGGUUCAGCUCAGUUGAUCCUCUAUCUCAUGUACAAUAACAAAAAAUCAGCUGAGGCCAUAGAAGAAGAAGAAGAAGAAGGAGGAGGAGGUUCAGCUCAUUUGGUGAAAGGAGGCAUUGAGAUGCAUUCAGUUGAGGACAAUCUAAACAAUCGAAGCCUAAACAAAUGGAAAAGCCUCCCAAAACCCAACUUUAGUCGACAACACAGCAUGCAAAAGAUCAUCAAGACACUUUCUUUGACUCCAUAUGAGUUGCAGUCGAGUUGGCCCCUUCAUGAGAGUGAUAUAGAAGAAGGAAACCCUGAUCUUCCAUGAUAUUGUUUUGUUUUGUUUGUUUUUUUUUUUGGGGGCGCAAUUAAGCUCACGUUUUUGUUGUAUAAACUUAUAACUAUAAACGAAGGAGGACCAAGGAGACAAUAGUUCAGGGUGAUAUAA